CCUAAUUCGACGCCAAUUGAUGCCCAAAGAUGCCUAGAACAUCAAAUGACAUUGACUAUGUCAAAUGGAAAGAUCCUCGCACAAAAACAGCCAAAGAACCGCCUCUCAAGCCGUGGCCUAUGCCCGAAUUCUCUCCCCUACCUAUCAAUGAUUGGUAUGAUCCAGGAGAGGCCUGUGUAACUCCAGGUCUUAAUCGGCAUAACCCUAUGGCCCUUUUUAAGCUAUUCUUCACUAAUGAAAUAAUGGAUAAGAUGGUGCAGUGGACGAACAAGUACGCUGAGCAGCACUAGCCCACGGAGGAAGAGGCACCUGCAGGGAGAGGACGGAAAUAGAGGCCUACAAAUAGGCAGGAGCUCUACGCCUAUUUUGGAACCCUAAUUUAUAUAGGAAUCAC